GUAGUGCGCCUGCGCGAGUGUUUAUUUCCUCGGUGACGGUACCUACAGGUAGUGGACGAAGCCUGCCUUUGUCACAGGCCUGGAGCUAGGUUGCUGUAAACCGAAUGUGGGCCGUGACAAAUGAAGCCCCAGCCGGGGAAGGGGUGUGAGCCCUCGGGUGGAGCGUCGGCUUGGGGUACCUGAAGGGCAGGGAUUUCUAAGUAAUAGGAGUUAACUCUGAGCAUCGGUGUCGCGUUAUGCCCCUCGCGUUAGGAUCCAGCAAAGCACCGUCGUCACGACCCGGCCGGCAGAGGGCCCCAUGGCCGAGGGCGACCGGGAGCCCCUGGCUGGAGCCGGCACCCUCCGGGAGGCACUCAGGGCGCUCCUGCCCCCCACUAAAGAGGAGCUGACGCUGCAGCUCGGGGAGAGGGUGGAGCGCAGCGUGGUGCGGCUGCUGCGGGAAGCGGUAGAGCUGUUCUGCGGCGGCCGUGGGGGCGAGUGUCUGCAGGCCAGCGAGGCCAUCCUGGACUACUCCUGGGAGAAACUCAACACGGGCCCGUGGCGCGACGUGCACAGAGACUGGCGCCGCGUGUACGCCUUCGGCUGCCUCCUGAAGGCCGUGUGUCUGUGCGAGGAGCCCGGGGACGCCGGCGCCGUGGCCGCAGCCCUGAGAGUCUGCGACAUGGGUCUGCUGAUGGGGGCGGCCAUCCUCGGGGACAUCCUCACUAAAGUCGCGGCCGUCCUGCAGGCGCACCUCCCCUCGGGAAAGAGGCCCGCCCCGGGCCCGGCCCAGGAGCAGCCCCACGAGAAGAGGAGGAACCUGAGGCCCCAAGACACUAACUUGCUCAGGUCACUCAGUUGGGAGGUGGCUGGGAAAUUCCGGCACAGCCCCUCAGAAGACAUCGCGGGGACUGAGUGGCAACGUGGAAACGUGGCUCAUUCGUCCUGCAUAUUCCUGCCGAAAGCGAGGCACGACCAUGUUUGGAUUCCAGACGUGAGGUCUGAGAGAACGGUGCCCCGGCUCCGCUGCCCAUCCCUCCAGCACUUCCGGAAGCAUUUUCUGGUUCCGGGGAGGCCUGUGAUCCUGGAAGGCGUGGCCGACCAGUGGCCGUGCAUGAAGAAGUGGAGCUUGGAGUACAUCCAGGACGUCGCCGGCUGCCGGACUGUCCCGGUGGAGGUUGGUUCCAGGUACACUGACGAGGAGUGGUCCCAGACGCUCAUGACGGUCAACGAGUUCAUCAGCAAGUACAUCAGGGAUGAGCCGAGGGACGUCGGGUACCUGGCUCAGCACCAGCUCUUUGACCAGAUCCCGGAGCUGAAGCGGGACAUCAGCAUCCCCGACUACUGUUGCCUGGGCGAUGGGGACGAAGAAGAGAUCACCAUUAAUGCCUGGUUUGGUCCCCAAGGAACCGUCUCUCCUCUCCAUCAGGACCCUCAGCAGAACUUCCUGGUCCAGGUGACGGGGAGGAAGUACAUCCGGCUGUAUUCGCCGCAGGAGUCAGAGGCUUUAUAUCCACACGACACACAUCUUCUUCACAACACGAGCCAGGUUGACGUGGAGAACCCCGACUUGGAGAAGUUCCCCAAGUUUGCCGAGGCCCCGUUCCUGUCCUGCAUCCUGUCUCCCGGAGAGAUUCUGUUCAUCCCGGUUAAAUACUGGCAUUACGUGCGGGCUCUGGACUUGAGCUUCUCCGUCAGCUUCUGGUGGUCGUAGCCAGGGCAGAAGGGUCUGAGUUGCCAACGGCAGUCACGGAUUCACGAGUUCCCUGUCCCACGCCCGGCCUGGGGCUGGGUCCCGGCAUCUAGAGAGAAGCCAGACCCGCCUGUGCCAAAGCCCUCGCCGGGCGCCGGGCUGUGUGCUAGGCGGACGCAGGGCCCGGCAAGGCGCACGUUCCGGCCAGGGAUGCGCGGCAGAGGCCGGCGGGCGGGACCCCAGAAGGAUGCUCUGCAUGGAGACCGUGGGCCUCCUAAAGCCGGAUGCGGUUGGGACGCGGGCAGGCAGUGUGGGCAGCGGUAGAGGGUGGGCUCUGAGGUCGGCUACCUGGAUUCCAACCCAGCCCCGUGGCUUAACUGCGGCGUCAGAUUUGGGGUGGAAACCUCGUGGGUGGGUCUCCAUCUGGGAAACGGCAGCCCGAGCCCCCACCACAGAGAAUUCCAGGGUCAGUGCUGGCACAGGGCCCCUGCGGGUCCGUGAACGCUCGCUGCUAAUAAUCACUAGGAUCGCCACCUACUUGUUCGUCAUGACUGCGCCACGGCCCACGGACUGGAGAGGCGGUGCAGGUCACAGGGGAGGGUCCUCAUCGGCUGGCUCAGCUCAGACGGGUUUCGGUUGUCGUCACGGAGGCCUGACCUGCCUGCAGGGAGGUGCCUGCCUCUCCUAGCCUGCCGAAUUUUCAACGCGCACCCUCCCGGUAGACAGUUCCCCAGUCGAGAAACAGCCAUCUGCGGCCCCCGGCGGCCCCCCUCCUGCCCCUCGGUCUCAUUCGUUCCUGUCCCGCAGACAGCCUUCCGCCCGGGGGGCCAGCUCCGUGUCCGUGCAGCGCCAGGGCCCUCAGGCUCAGAGGCCCCAGGGAAGAUUCGGGCGGGCCUGGGACCCACGAGUUCCUGGAGCCGGAGCCUGGCCGCCCGGGUUGGGGCUAACACACACCGCAGGUGACCGAGAGGGACAGGGAAGCGUCGGUGGGCAGCCGGAACGCUAGCCGCUCGCGUCCUCUGCCACCAGGCCAGGGCAUCGGAGCCUCAUCACGUAGGUCCAGGGGCUCAAGUCGAGCGGGACCCCGUCAGGAUAUGCACGGAGCGGGGGAGGCGUUGGCGGGCAGGGGGUCGGGCACACGCUGACUCCUGCAGGAGGGGGUGUGCGGUCGGGGUGCAGCACUGGGCACGGUGGGCAGAGGCGAAGACGAGCUAUUUAGGAAGUGAAAUCGAGGGUUCUGUGGGGACUGCUUGCUCCCCUGUCUGGCGUUAACAGUUAUUUGCCAAAUUCUGCAGAUGAAUUAAUACCAAAUGGCAAAGGUAUCGAGGCAUAAACUAGGGCUGCCACCGUGUCUGGCUCACUGGCUGUCCGUGAGGAACGGUGGGGGCUUGACCGCGUCACGGACACCCCUCCCCACCCGAAGGGCGGCCGUGUGGCUCCAGCGCCUUACCCAUGACGGCCGGCCAGCCGGCCCCCCGCUUCUGCUCCAAGCCGCUGUUGACGAGCAGAGGCCCGUCUGUAACGUAGGGAUUCUGAAGUUAGGGACGAGGAUUUGGGCGUUAAAACACGGUACGGACGCCCGGCCACCCACAGCGGACGUCCCUUGUUUGGUGGCAAGACAGCAAAAGAUAAAACCUUCGUGUGCUCUCCGGGCAAGGCUCCCGGGCUGCCGGCAGCACCAGCCAGGCUAGCAGAGGGCUGCUUCAGUCCCGAGGAACAUGGGCGAAGGUCCACUGGGAAUAAGAGUGCUCGCCUGCUGCUGGCACCACCGAGGAGGGGCAGGCACGAGGCCGCGUCACCCACCCAUCCACCCGAGUCCCACACAGGCACGCAUGGUCUCCGGCCGGAUGGGGCCCGCCCUGGUGGUCACGAGGGCCUGGGGGUCCGGAGAGGAGGGCGACGGUGCAGGUAGUGACGAGUGCCACGAAGGAAACAGAACAGGGUGACGGGGACACGAUUUACCGUAGACAUGUGAAUAAGCCAGAAUGAGCGGGACACCCAAACUGGCAGUGAGGUUUGAGGGGGACCUCCCCGCAGCAGGUGCAGCAGCCCUGGGGCAGGAAGGCCCAGCCCUUGGGGGAGAGGAAGGAGCCGUGCAGGCGGAGCAGAGAGAACUGGGUGGCCGGAGGGGGCCCGGUGCAGCCAGCACUGGGACGGACGAGGGCGCCGGGCCAGGGAGACAGGUCUGCGUGCUGUUGUGUGACAAGGGCCGGAAGGGGAGGCCCCAGGAAGCGGGACAGCCGUGAGCGUCACCGGUCCAGUGACCGAGCGAGCGGUGUCAGCAGGGAGCCGAGCGAAGACGGGCUGUGCAGGGAGGCGGGCAACGGCCCGAUGUCCAAAACCUGGAGCAUCAGGCAGGGUCUCGAGAAUUGCACUUGAGGGUUUUGGUAGGAGUCUUCGGGAAGUUCACGUUGGAAUCAAUGCAGGGGAGACCAGAAGCUGGGGGGGGGGGGGGGGGGGGAAUGUCCCCAGGGACCAGGUGCUCAGGGCUUCCUGACAGCUGGGACUUGUCUGCACCUGUGUGCGAUGACCCUGCCCUUCCUCGAGGGCCAAAGCACCUGGCCAGGCAGGCAGGCAGCGGGCUGUCCCAACUGCCCAGCCCUUCCAGGCCCCCGGUUCCAAGGUCGGUCUUUUCUCCGCUGGUUUUCCUGCCUUCCGGUCAUCUCCACAAGCUUCCUCCUACGUCCCAAGAAAUACCUUCUCUGAGUAAGUCGGUGGGGAUGCUCUCCGUUACCUGCCUGACGCUCCCGAACCCCCCAGGCGGGCUCUCAGUUAAGGGGGGGCCCAGGAAGGGCCACGACGUGAAGCUUCCUCCGGGGGCGCAAGACCCACACAACCAGAGACUCAGGCCGCAGCCACGACUCCUUAGCAACUUUUAUUCCAGACCUGCUAACGAGCGAGCGAACACAAAGCAGCAAGGGGACUCGGUGGGACGGGAGACGCUGACGCUUCUCUUCCGAACAGGGCCCGCCAGCUAGUGCUGCCUGGACCGCGAGGGCUUUUUGUUCGCCUUGGAGGUCCCGGCCUCCUGCUCCUUGUCGGGGUUGAAGACUUCUGUACACGGAAGAGGCCGGAAGAUACCGUGAGCGGCAGGGCAGGUGGCGGCCUCGGCCCGCCCUGCUGACCCGGCACCACGGCCGGCAAGGGAUGGGCACUGCCUUCACCUCCCACCCGCACGCAGCUGCCGGGGGCGGGGCCGGGGGUGGGGGUGUCUCGUCUAGACCAGACCCUCAUGGGCCUCAUGAGCCUCAUGGGCCUCAUGGGCCUCAUGAGCCUCCUGAGCCAGGGGGUUUCCGCUGCGUUCUGAGGGCCCCUGCAAGCGUGUGCGAACACAGGCGUCUGCUUACUGCGGGAGCGGCUUGCCCUGGAGGGCCGGGGACCCGCGGACAGACCCACACAGGCGGAGCCCUCACCUGAGGGCUCCCCGUCCCCGGAUGUCCCCGCCCUGCCCCCGAGUGCCUGAGGGACGCGAACCUGGUAUCUCGUGGGGCCAGUAGUCGUUACAGUGGGGGCAGCGCGGCUCCGGGGCGGACUGGAAAUACUUGGCGACGCACGGCAGGUGCAUCCUGAUGCCGCAGGUCUCGCAGCUUUGCCCCUGAAACCAGAAGGGCGAGGACUGAGCGGCCGCGCGCGCGCCUCCACGGACACACGCGCGCGCCUCCACGGGCACACGCGCCUCCGGCGAUCAGCGGGCAGGACGGCCGGCAGGCUCCGGAGUGUGGUCUUUCGGGCCACAGACGGGUGACGAUGACCCCAAGGCCCUCAGCGCGAGGGCUUCUAGGAACUUUUAUUAGAGAGUCCCACGCACACACGCACGCAGGCAGAGGGCGCUCAGGAUGCUACAGGCCGGAGCGCAGCGGCACGGCCAGGCCGCCUCAGAAACUCGGGGUCCCGGUGUACGCGGCCCUCACGCCUCCGGCUUUUUGGACGUGGGUCGGAGGCUUUACGAAAGCACGUGGGGGGAGGGGGGGCGCCCGGGUGGCUCAGUCGGUUAGGUGACCGCCUCUUGGUUUCAGCUCAGGGCUCGAGCUCACGGUUCGUGGGUUCAAGCCCCACGUCGGGCUCUGUGCCCACGGCCUGGAGCCUGCUUGGGAUUCUCGCUCUCCCUACCUCUCUGCCCCUCCGCCUUGCAUCUCUCUCGCUCUCGAAGAAAUGAAACUAUAAAACUUAAAAAAAAAAGCAACCGUGUACUCUGUUCCAGAAAUUCCGGCCCAGGGAAAUAAUCACCAAGCGGCCCAGGGUACAGGUGCACAGAGGCUCACGGGAACGGAGCUGACGACCAUGGGGGGGGGGGGGGGGGGGGAGCCCCGAACGUGCCCCGCCAGGCGGGCAGCGCGACACAGAACAGUGCCCGAUGCGGCGGACGCCGGCCACGCCACUGCCAGGCCACGCAGGCUACGCCAGGCUCCUGAGAGCCCUUCCGGGGGAAAACAAAAUCAAGCGCGCCCCGGGACUGGACCCGGGGGACCCGGGGCGAGAGGAGGCAAGGUGGGUGCUGUCGUGGUGGCCCCAGACCCUUCGGAUGCCUGGGUGUGCUCGUGCGGGGGCGGGGCCCGCGGGUACCUGGAUGAGGAGGCCGUGGCAGAUGUUGCAGGUCUUCACGGCGUCGGGGUACGUCUCCCGGAUGUACUGCUCCAUCUCGAGGAUGGCCCGGCUGUGCAGCGUGAACUCCCCUUCUUUCUGCAGGCACGGCGGGGGGCGGUGAGCUCUCGAGCCCCUUCCCCUCCCGGCGGUCCCGCAGCCCCGCGGGUCCGGCGAGCUCACGGGGCCGGGUGCCCCUCGCACGGCCGGCGUCCGCCUGCCCCGCCGACGGCUGUCCGCGCCGGCCCCUCGGCAGAGCCUCACGCGUGUAAGGACUUGGGCCAAGACCCAAAAGGGACCCGAGGAGGGUUCCCCGAACCCGUGCCUCAACGGGCGUGGAUCCCGAGUCCGCGGGUGGCCCCCUCCCACGGUGAGGACACGGGCGGAGAGGGGAGGGAGGCAGUCUCCCCACGGGGCGAACUCGGCACCACCCCUGCCCGUGCUCUCCCCCCCCCCCCCCUUUUCCCCCACACAGCCUGUAGCUCCCGUAGUUCCCUCAGCUGGGGCAAAGCAGUUCUGCAACCCCCUUUCCUUUCCAUCUGUAACUUGCCCACAGGGAGCUGCCUGACCAGCUCCCUCCCCAGACUGUGGGCCCGUGACUGCCACACCAGGCCCGGUUCUGCUCUUGUGGGGACGCGCUCCUGUGCCCUGCACCUUGGGGCUAGGUGCUUGGUGGUCCUGUGAUAAGCCUCUGAGGGAAGACGAAGUCGACCCUGCGUGGGGACCACGGAGGAUUGCUCUGGGCCCCAGUGAAAAGUUCGAGUUCACAGUCGGGCCCAAGACACGUUUACUCAACAUCUACCCGGCGCCUGAAACCAUGCCCGGUGCUUAUUGUUCCUGACCCUACUGGCCUGGGGGGGCGUCACAGGGAGGGGCAGGGGCAGGUGAGGUGCCCCGCCCACCCCACCCAAAAGACCAAGACUCCCGAGAUCUCCCAGGCCUCGCCUCACCACUACAAUCUGAGCUCAGGCCUCGCAUCCGGCCGGUCCCUGCGACAUGUGGACGCUGGCUGUCAGCACACCCACGCUUCGAGGAUCCAUGGUUUAGCUGGGCCACCUCAGGACCUUCCCCAGAGCCCCGACCACCCGCCUCCGGCCCCUGCCAUCGCGACACGGUAAGUCGCGGGGCCAAAGCAGGUGCAGGGGGGCUACUGGAACGGCUCGGGGUGGAACACCAGGUGACUCCAGCGUGUUUCUUCACGAAGGUCAAUUACCGUCUCCUCUUCGUCUGAGGAGCGAGCAUUUCUUGGUAUAGUUUUUGGCAAGUUUUACGUAAAUUCUGUCCCUCUGGCACGUCCCUUACCUAUGUGGCCAUCCCCUCAGCAAGAGUUUACAGCGCGCCUACAGGUGCAACAAGGCACAGUGAACAAGUCGAGGAUGCCAGCCUCUGUCCUUAAACACUUGUGCGGUCUGACCCAGCUCAGCCAGUUAUCACCCGAGCCGCUCGAGAAUGUUCCGUACUGCCAGACGCCCCCAAGGGGAAGGAAACCCGUGACAAAGCAAUCGGUAGGGAGCUGCAGUCACCCAGACGAGGGCCGGGUGCAGGACGCCAGCCAGACCACGGAGCUGCGGUUUGUUCAGCUAAAACCAAAGCAGAGGGGCUCUCCGUCUCCGCGGGGCAGCGGGGGACGCGUGGCCAUGGCACCGGCACGCCCGCCCUGGCGCCCCUGUCCGCAGCUCUGUGGCCCGUCCGGCCUCCCCUCCGGUCAGGAAAGCACCUCGGGAGCCGAGCACUUGUGCACUCAGUAAUCGGCGGCACUCGGUACAGGACGGCCGCCCCGUCAGAGGGCAACGGCCCAGAGCGCCGCAGCUUUGGCCACUGGAGGCGGGCCCUCCCUGGAAAGGAACCAUCGCGUCGGCCACGAGCAGUGGUCCCCGGCCACGGUCUGGCCGCCGAGCGAGGAAGCCGAAGGCUGACCCGAGCGCAUCGUGCACGGGCACAGGCCGCGGCGAGCGAGAGCCGCGUCCGUCUGGCUCGGGUUUCCGGGCGAAGGUCUCGCCUUGUGUGGGAAAGCACGGAGACGUCUGCCCCGCUCCGGUCAGCAGAAGCGGACGUGGGGGGGGUCUCGAACCGCGAGCGUGCAGGGAGGUCUGGUCCCUUCCCGGGCGCCGCGGCUCCUCUCCGGCAGUUCACCCACACGUCCUCCCUGCUCCGGCGGGCCACCGGCUCCCUGAGAGGACUCGAGGGCGCUAGCCCCGAAUAACGAACACCGACGAUAACAACCACCGAUAACCUUGACGGUGGCAGCAGCUGCCCUGGGACCCCGGCACCAGGCUCUGGCCAUCUGCCGUCCCAUCCCCGCCCCGAGGGGACACUCCUCCUCCCCUCCUACAGGAGAGGGGCUCCAGGCCACCUCACCGGGUCCCAGGCCCAACGCCAGAGCGGCGCCCUCACCCACGGUGCACACGGACCCGCCUCUGCGGACCGGGGGCUUGAGCCCGGGGGGCGCGUGCUCUGCGCUUCCGGCCGGGCCUCCUGGACACGUGACGUGAGUGAGCAGGAGGCCCCGAGCCGUUCUCGCACCCUCACGGCCGGCGUUAAGGCAGACGAGGGGCCCGAGAGGGCCCGGCUCAGCGGACCACCGGAUACGAUACGGUUCGGGGGGAGAAUUUGCUAUCCGGUCUGAACGGCGAGCCAGGCUGGGGAAGCCGCUGGACACCGUACCUCGAUCAGCCAUUUGUUUUGUACAAACUUCUGCAGCACCUGCUCUGCUUCCUUCUUCCUCAUCUUCUUGCCUUUAAGUUGAUCGACCAGGUUCAAAAUAUUUGUGGAGGACGCAAAGCCAGUCUCCGAAUCAAUAAUCAGUUCCAACUGGAAGAAACAGCAGGUACCACGUUCAUCUAUUAAAUCGGCAAAAACAACGUUUAAGCAAUAACACCGAUCCUGGCAGGGGCGCCGCGAAACUACCCAUCACGGGCAGAGCUGAGCCCUGGAACAAUCCUUCUGGAAGACAGUUUAGUAGCGAACAUCAGCAGCCGUGACCACGGUCAGUCCCUCUGUCUCAACGGUCACCCUGUGACACCAUGCCAGAUGGAUGACCCUCAGGCCCCCCGAUCCGGAAUCGGCCCCCUUGCCCCCACCUCCCCGAAGGCAGAGAAGCCGAGGGAUGAACGAGUGGAUGACGAGGCGGCACCCGUCUACUCAAACGCGGGCAGGAGAGCGGGGGCCGAGGGGCUGGCUGGAGGCAGGGAGGGCGGGAAAGCAAAGCCCGGGCGAGCCAGGGCGCAGGCCCACUCGGGAGCCGCAGAGACGCCCGGAGCCCGGGCCAGGAGGGGCUGCCGGGCACCGCCCCCGAGACUGCUCACGGCAGGGCGGGGCCACCAGGAAGGCCGGCUUUCCGCACGCGCAGGAGCGUCUGCGGUCACAGCCGGGUCCUCGACCUCGGCUGCCGACUGCCGUCAGAGGAGGCUCGAAAGAGAGGAUUCUAGGACCCGUCACCGGAGACCCGGAUCCGCCAGAUGUGGACGAGACCGGAUGUCUCGACGCUCCUACCUCCCGGUUCCUGGAACGCGGCCCGGGCUGAGAAGCACCGCCUUGACCCGGCGCUCGGCCGGGUGAGUGACAAGGGGGCUGAGGGAAGAGCCCUGAAGCCGGGGAGGCAGAGCAGUGCCUCUCCGAUGCGGACGGGAAGGGUUCCACGGGAUGCCCUUGUUAACACGGACGGCCGCGGGCCGCGGUCCGGGCAGGGACCGGGAUCCGGCCUUGCCAGCGAGCUCCCUGGCGCCUCGGCCGCCGCCGCCGGGGGCUGGGCGGUGCGGCGAGCACCAGGCGGGAACGCCGGUCCGCCUGCCUGCACCACACACCCAGACGCCCGGUGCUCCACCGACCGGGGUUCACAUCUGGACAAGCUCCCUCCCAGGCAGCCACGGCGCCCUCCCGAGCCGGCGCCCUGAGGCGAUGCGCUGGCCAGGGACCCCGCAGAUGGCCAUCUGGGGCCGCAGCGGUGACCCUCUACGAUGGCAGUUUCCGUUUCUAACGCUGAAGACGUCAAGUUUCCCGUCGCAAGCCCGGCCAAUGAACAACCAUACUGUACUCACAGCCUUUCUAAACAGAUCCAGCUCGUUCUCUGCAAAAUCCGAGGCCAUUUUGGAAACCGGAGUCGUUGCAAGAUUCACCUAGAAGACAGGUCAGCGUGACGGUCAGGCGGCGCCCUUCACUGGCCGCCUCGCCCAGCCCCCUCCUCUGUCCAGUCCCUGAGCGCCGGGGUGCGGGCACUGUCGGCCACAGGGCCCGGAUUUGGGACCAGACGCAUGUUACAGACUUGGGUGUCCAGCUCGGAAUCCCCGACUCUCGGAGAUUUCCAGAGGCGGUGCGGGAGCUUCCGAAAUCAGGCACAUUUGGGGAACUCAUCUUCACGCUUAACGGAGCUUCAAAUGCAAAAGGUGCCGCGAAGCCCGCGGCGUUUCCGCAGUUACUCAGCUCCACGACCCUUCUCCCCUGGAACAGUGUGGAACCCCUGGCCACAUCUCCUCCAAUGGUCUAAGGUGCUCAGUUCUGCCCCACCUGUGCUUCCCCUUGCUCUCUGGCGGGGGGCUUCCUGGAACCCGAAUGGCUCAGUCCCCAGGCCCCCCGCCCCCCCCCCCCCCCAGUUUCUCUUCUCACAGCCUCUGUGUCUUAUUCCAAAUGAGAAACCGCUUUCCUCCUUUAAUCCUAGUAUUCCAUACAUUUGAGAUGACUUCUUACGUCCAACUGUCGACAGACAAAGCCAAACGCGUGCUGCAGUGUCCCAGGCAGGGGCAGGGAGGUGAGCACUGAGGUGACAGCCCCCGGCCCUGAUCACUGCAGAGGAUUCGUACAGUGGCACCAGUGACCCGGAACCGGGCUGGAGGGGGAGGCGGGGCCAGGCUGUGUCAGUGUCCCCGGCUCCAGGGCUGCCGAGCUGCCGGGGCAGGGGCACCUCCACUCCCGCAAUUCCUCACGGGAGCCACGAGAGGGCGCCGGCGUGCACUCACCAGCGCGUAAACGGGUCUCCCGUCGUCCUCCGUGGCCCCUUUCUUAAUCUCAAUAUACAACGACUCCAAGACGCUGUUAAUGUUGUUGAUGAAGUCCUCCAGCUCCUCCACGGCGGCAGUGCCUGGAGAGAAACGGGAUGGCGUCAAGAAAGUGUAGCCAUCUUAACCACUCCGUCAACCCCAGCGCAGGCCAGCCAAGCCAGAGGCAGGCGAGGGCCCAGCCCGCUUGGGUGGAUGCCAGUCUGUGUGGCCCCUUCCUCCCUGAGUGUGCAGACGGGGAGGGCGCUGUGCGUAGGAAGGGCCGGGAAACGGCGUCCGAGCCUGCCGCGCUCUCCCUGUCCUCGCUGGGAGCCCCCGGCCUGCCGCCCCCUAUUCCCUGCUCCGCGCCCCUCCCCACGCGGAGCCUGUGCCCGCACGGCCUCACGUGUGCCGGGUCCGUCUCUAUCCCAUCUUCCCUUUAUCCGCCAUCCAGACGCGUACCGAACGCUCCCAUGCCAGGCCCCAAGUGCCGGGCCCGGGGACAGCGGGCGGCAGUGAAGACCCACGACAAGCAGGGCGAGAGCAGCAGCUCACACUGAGCACCACCCCUGGCCCCCAGUGAGAGGCUGUGCUGGGUGCUUGUCACAGUCGUGAGUCCAUCCUGCCAGCUGCCCUCGGAGGCAGGUGCUAGCGCCCUCCCCUAACUCGGUGACCAGGCCAAGGGGUAGAGGAGGGCGGGCUCACUGGCUCCGGCCCCUUCCCGGCUCCGUGUGCUGUCCCGCCUCCACGCUGCCCAGUCCCCCCGCCCGGGGCCACCAGCCCACGGAGGAGGUGUAGGGACAGAGCCCGGGGCUGCAGUGAGUGGAGGGAAGAGGCCUGGGGUCCACCAGGCUGCAGGGGCGGCGGGAGCCCUGGCGCAGGGCCCCGGAGACCAGGGCAACGUGUCACCUUCCCCUGCGGGCCCCAGGCAGCCCUUCAGAGUGGGAAGGAGAGAAAGGACGUAGUCGGCUUUGCGUCUUGGAGUUACCCUUUUGUGUACUGUGAUCCUUUUUCUAAACAAGAAGUAUUUACUACUGUUUUCAUUUAUUAAAGUAACUCCAACAGAUUUA